CCUCUGUAUAUCGGUCUGUCAAGUCUCAAACGAGACUGUCAGAGAUGACUAGGUAGGGUAAGUAAAGCAGAAAUAAAUGAUGAACGAAUGUCCAACUUUAAUCUCCUCCACGACAUCAAAAAGUCUGGGGAUCAAGAAUCAUAAUGCCACGUAUUGGACCGAAUUCAUUAAUCAAUUGAAAAUAAAGAAUUCCUUUGCAUUCUGAUCUUUCAAUUAUCAAAUGUGCAGUCUGGGAGCUGGAUCGACAAUUGGGAAUCACAAAACAGGGUUUGAAGGAUUUGUAAAUUGUAAUGGAAGAAGUAACAGCAGACGCCCUGGCCUUUCCUCUCCUAGCGCAGGGUCAUAUCAUUCCAUUUAUGCGCCUCUGUGAGCUUCUCUCCUCUAAAAAUCUCAACGUCGUCUUUCUCACUAGCCCCCUCAAUGCAAAUCGACUCAGGGCAAAUAAGAACCAUUCAUCAUCUGUUCGGGUAAUGGACAUUCCUCUGCCGCCUGUCCCAGGCCUGCCUUCCGGCGCUGAAAACACAGACCAACUCACGCCCUCCCAAUUCAAAACCCUCUUCGCUGCGAUGGAACAAAUGGAACCCUCUUUCAGAGAGCUAGUCGCCCGCUUGAAGCCAAAGUGCUUCAUUGCCGAUUUCAGUCCCCUUUUUCUGCCUGCCGUGGCGGAUGAAUUGAAAAUACCCGUCUUUUACUACGCGACCACGGGCGCUUACAGUCUGUCAAUAAUGAAAACCCUAAUCGAAACCCUACCUUUGCCGUCAGAUCAAACAGGCGCGUUUCCCCUUCAGGAUCUGCCAAAAUCGAUUUCGUUAAAAAACUCGGAUCUUCUUCCUCCUUAUCGCGGGGCGGGCCGCACUCCCUUUCCCCACGGUUUUCUCUCCACGGUAUUCGAGCGGCUAGGGCUCUGCGGCGGGCUUGUGAUAAACACAUUUGAGGAGAUGGAGGGCGAGUUUCUGGAUCAUUUGAAGAACAUUUUUAGGGUUUCUGUGUGGAGCGUUGGCCCGAUUUUGAAUCGCCCGUCUGGCGGUUUGGGGGAAACCACUGUGGAAGAGUGGUUGGAUUGUAGGUCAUCCGGAUCAGUGCUCUAUGUUAACUUUGGCAGCGAAAUCGCACUUCCGCUGCAACAGAUCCAUGAGGUUGCUGCAGGGUUAGAGGCAAGCGGGCACUGUUUCUUGUGGUCAGUGAAGAAACCAGUGGGUAUGGUGGAUGUUCAGGAGGAAAGUUUUGAUCUUUUUCCACCUGGCUUUCAAGAGCGCACAGCUGACCGAGGGCUGCUGAUCUUCGGUUGGGCUCCACAACAGGCCAUUUUGAGCCAUCCUUCAAUAGGUGGGUUUUUAAGCCACUGUGGGUGGAAUUCUACUUUAGAGAGUAUUAGUAAUGGAGUCCCCAUUCUAGCCUGGCCGUUUCAACAUGACCAGCCCUUUGUGAAGAAGCUUCUGGUGGAGGAACUGUGCAAUGCAGAGGAGAUUAAGAGGGAUGCUGCAGAAAAUGGAGUUUUUGUUGUGAAAAGUGCAGAAGUGGAGAGGGCUGUGAAAUUAAUAAUGGAAGAAGAUAAGGGAAAAGAUAUGAGGACUAGGGCAGGCAAACUGAAAACAGCAGCACUACGGGCUGUAGGAGAAGGUGGAAGUUCGAUUUCCAAUCUAGAGAGUUUUGCAUCUCUGAUCCAAAACAUUCGUUCCAAGUAAUCCUUCUUAUGGAUUCACACAGGUAAACACAGAUAGUGGCUAUGAGUUAUUCUUACAACUGAUAAGAUGUGCCCGAAAUAAGGGGAAUCAUGUUUUUUUUGAGACCUAACAAUACACCACAUUAACCAGGCAUUCUAAGCUAUUCUUGAACAUUAUAUGGUUAAAUAACUCAUUCGAAAGUAAGUUAAGUUUUAAUUAAGAAAAAUAAAAUAAUUAUUUUCGCUA